UAAACCUGCACAUGCACAUAUUUUGGUAUUGCACAAUAACCACAGUGAUGCUCUGCUCAGUAUAAAUAAGACAGCAACAGUUAGAAAAACUCACUCCAGUUUCCUCUACAAGUUUCCAACGAGAGACAAAAGAUGGCUGGUUCUGUGUGUUUUGGAGCUCUGGGAUUCGUUCUGCUCUUUCUGCUCUCUACUGCUGGGGCCGAGGUUACAAAUCUCAGGAACAUAAUUGACCACCUUAAGAACACCUAUGGAGUUAAUGGUCAGUAUGCUCUGGGCAUUAAUGUCCUAGAUACAUAUUGUACUUCAGAUGGCAAACUCGACCAGAACUUCCUGUCUCAAGAUGAAGCAAACAACGUAAAGAACGGAAUGAAUAGUGAAGAACGUAUUUACAAUGGUGUAGAGCUGGUUGGUGCCAGACCAAGACCGUUUGGUGAUAAAGGUUUCAAUAUACACUCUGAGUAUCUGUUGCUGAGAGGCUCCGAUCCCUCGCCCAUGCAAAAGCUCCUGAAUAAAAGGAAAAAUGGCUGCACGGUUUUCUUCACCUUAAACUCCCCCUGUGUCAACACCUGCUCAACACCUGGCAAAGAACACAGCAUCAUCCCAGCUCUCAACAUGUUCAACAGUCACAACGGUCCAAAAGCUUUUGUUUUCAGUCAGAUUUGGCAUCAUGAUGUGGGUAAGACUGAAUGGUCAGAUAACAUACUUCAGAUAGAAAAACGAAUUCCAGUCUAUCGCUGCGACAACAGUGGAUGCGUCCGCUGUGUCACCAAUAAGGUAGUUAACAUUUGGUGCGUCGGCCAAAAAUAAUUUCCUUUUUUCUUCAUUUUCGAAAAGUAGAUUGAAUAAAAUUGCUUAAGAAAAGAAAGCUUGCAACAAAAUCGACUAAAAAAAUAGUACCUGCUUGGCUUGUGUCACUUUUUUGCAUUAAUCAAUAAAGAUUCAAGAAGCAUCAAA